CUUUUCCCCGGAAGAGGGUGACAGACUACGGGGAACAGAACGCCAACAGUCUGUCCCCCUCUCCCAGCCCAUGGCAGCCCUCUCGCUCCAUAUACUACUUCUCUCUCCCUCCUCUCUACCUCUGUUGCGCUGCACCGUAGGACUAGCGCACUAUACUCACUAUGGCAUCCACCGCAGCACGGACUCUCUUAGUGCUUUUCUUUACCUUCUGUGCAUCGAGUCAAGCUCGUCCAUCUCCUACUCCAGACACCCGGCCCAGGCCUGACCCCCCUGUGAGGAUCCAUGUGAGGACAGGAACAGAAACAGGGAUAGAUGAGGCAUUGCACCCCUCAGGCCUAACCUCCCCCAGGGGGCAGCGGAUCCGGAGACCCCCCCAGUCGUCCUCCGGCCCUCGUCAACCAGAGAGGGCCAGGGCAGGGCCAGCCCUGCUGGACCAGAGGUCCCAACACCAACAACACCACACCCAGCCACAGGCAGACCAGAGAAACAGACACAACCACAAACUAGCCUCUGAGUCCGUCUAUGUGGUAUCACUGCAGGCACAGAGAGCAACGGGGCGGAGCGCGCCAAGCAACAGGGCCACCCUGACCAAAAAAGCUCCACCAGAGCCUGAGGAGCAUGAGGCCAAAGACAUCAGCGUGAGGGUCAUGUCCCCUCAGUCUGUCCUCAUCAGCUGGGUGGACCCGUCCAUCGAGAUGGAGAAGGUCCUCCCUGGGGGCUCCAGACACUACACAGUGAAGUACAGGGAGAAGGGUGAGUCUGCUCGAUGGGAGUACAAGGAGACCAACCAGAGGAGGCUGCUGAUAGAUACCCUGUCAGCUGACAGGAUGUACGAGUUUUCUGUCCGCAUCUCCAAGGGAGACAACCAUGGCAAGUGGAGCACAUCUGUGUUCCAGAGGACCCCAGAAUCGGCUCCCUCCGGUCCUCCAGAGAACUUUCACGUGAAGGCGCUGAGAGGGAAGGGAACCGCCGUCUCGGCGACCUGGGACCCUCCUGAGGAACCCAACGGGAGGAUACGUGAGUACAUCAUGUCCUAUGCUCCUGCCAUGAAACCCUUUGGGAUGAAGUCAGUGACAUACCGCGGCAGCAUCACCUCAGCCAUCGUAGACGGCCUCCAGCCUGGGGACCGUUACAUCUUUAAGAUCAGGGCCACCAACAGGAGGGGCCAGGGCCCUCAAACCAAAGCCUUCAGUGUGGCCGUACCUCGUGGCACCACCAACAACGCUGCCUCCCUGCCAACUCAUCCCUCCAAGAGCCAGGGAGGCCGUAGAACCAGCCACACACCUUCUCGGACCACCGAACAGGACAGUUACCAUGACGAUGACACCGACCUCCAAUUAGACACCGUGACCGAACAGCUGACCACACCCACCCAGACCACAUCCUCCCCGUCCGCCACCAGACGGACACGCCCACUCACCCAGACACGCUCCUAUCACAGCAUCUUCUCAGAUGUGAGGGGCACGGUCAGGAAGGGGGCGACCAAUCAGCAACUAGGAGGCGGUACCUCUUCAGCCAGAGACAAGGGGAGAGAGACAGAAACAGAGAAUGAACAGGAGGAGGAGUACAAAACAACAGAACCCAAUCCAGAAGAACAGAAGAAGGAGAGGCUCACUAACGAGGCUCUGGAGGAGAAGAAAGAAGCAUUGACUCAGAACAACGGUGUUCCUUCUGAACCUGAGGAGGAGGACAGGAGCCAUGGCAGUGGGAGAGGGAAGGAUCCAGCUGUUGAUGAGACCUCUCGUCCCAGCCUCAAAACAGAGGUUUCCUCAUCAGAGGGCUCCUCAUCAUCGUCCAAACCCUCCCACCCUCUCCGCAAACCUGUCUCCGGUAGACGCAUCAACUCUGGUCGAAGGCAAUUCUCCCGGACAUCAGACUUAGGGUCAGUGUUCCAGCCGAAGACACAGGAUGCAGAAAUGGACAGUGCCUCCUCCUCCUCCUCUUUGUCCUCCAGCCCAUCCCACAGCCAGGAGUCAGCAGCCAUCAGGAAAGACGAUGCGGUCACCAACUACCCCCAGGGUAAAAACACCUAUGACCAGCCCAGUGUCACAGAAACCAAACCCUCCACCUCCACCCCAGAGCAGGCCAUCUCAGAGCCCGAGGCCGAGGCACCUUCUGUGGGUAGGGGUCCUACUCUGCCGGGCCGUGGAUAUGGUUACGGCAGGAGGAAACCUGGGAUCCUGUCUCGAGGGAAUCCAAAUGGCCGAGUUCUGACUGGACUCCGCAAACCUGGGUCCGCCUCAACAUCGACCGGAGGCAAGAUUCCUGAAACGUCACACACUCACGGCUCACACACUCCUAACGCGCAGGACUCAACACACCACCAGGAGAAAAAUGACCACAACGACUACAAAAACACAGAGACAGAGGCCACAAAAGAAGAAGAACCCACUUCCAAUUCCCAGACCAUAUCCUCUACACAUCCCUCAGAGGAGGACAGAGGGAGAGGGGAGAACAACUACAACACCCCAGCUCCCCCUCCCUCCAGGAUUAACCACUUUGGGAACCGUCACCAGAGCAGGUUUGGAAAAGGGACGGGGAGCAGUAGCAGGGCCUCCUCCCCCCGGGCGGACGGGAGGGUUCCCUGGAGCAGGACUACCUCCUCGUCCUCCGUUGGGGCAGGGAGACCCCUCCUUAGAGGAACCCCAUCCAGGACCGUUGUAUUGGCGGCAGCAGGAGCUACGGGGGCAGCAGGAGCCUCAGGGGAAUCGAGGACCUCAGCAUUGCAGGAGACCAGUGAGGACGCUAAAACCUCCUCCACCCACUACCCAUUAAAGAACGGGGAGGGGGCGGGGUCACCUAAACCCUCUCUGCCCAACAGGAAUGCAGUUCUAGGUGGAUCUAGGAAGCCCAUCACCUCCUCUUCCUCCUCCAACCCCUCCUCUAGUGGUCGUAGAGACUCCAGUGAGCCAGUCCACAGAGGAAGCAGCAUCAGGGAGGACAGCAGUAAUGACCAUGAGGAGGACUAUCUCUACGAGGGCAGUAAGGAGAUCUAUGAGAGGAAUGAGAAAGUCACAGACCCAUCCCCUGUCCCCAAAACUACUACCACCACUACCACCACUACCACUACCCCAGCCCCCAGUACCCCCCGCAGGGUGUCCCAGAGUGGGGAUAACGAGAAUGUGGACCCCAAGCCUGGUAGAACUAGACCCGGUUUAAUCCCUAGUUCUACGUUCCCCCGACGUCCCAUUUUAGGUCCCAACGGGAGGGUGAGAUCCCCCCUGCUCACAAACAGGCAGACGGCUUCUAGGUUCCCCUUUAGAGCACAACCAGCACAGAGCACACAGUUAGAUUCCUCUAACCCACACACAUCCCCUUCCUCUUCUUCCUCUUCCUCCUCUAGUCUGCCAGAGCCAGACCGCAGGGUUAACGGGGGCACUAGUGUUAGCACUGGAGGCUCCCCCCCUUCCCUCUCUCUCCCCUCCCUCAGACAGACCUCCUCUAGUGAGGGUUCCCAUGGUGACAGCCAGGGGUCUCAAGACUCCUCCUCCUCCUCAUCCUCAUCCAGAGACUCUUUGGGGGGGCAGGGGACGAGGAUGCGCUACCCCAGUCGGUCAGACCCCUUCCUCAGGGGUAAAAUCCCCAGCGGAGGCCUCAAGCCUGGCUACGGAAAUGGUAACGGAAACGGUAAAAAUGGCCGCCCCAAUCUCACAGUAACCAGUGACAAAGAGUCCAGCACACCUAAUGACAACACUAAACCUAAUGGACGAAGGUACAUCACUGGGCCUGAUGGAGCCAAAUGGGUGGUGGACUUGGAUGAGGGGGUCCUGAUGAACGAGAAUGGCAUGGUUCUCCAGGACUCUCAGGGCCGACCCAGGAGGGUGGUGCUGGGAGAGGAUGGACGCACCAUCUUUGACCACCAGGGCAGCCCAUUGGUGAACCAGGAGGGUCAGGCUCUGUUCGGUCAUGGUCGGGAGAGCCAGCCAUUAGUCAACCCCAAAGACAAGUUCCUGACCGUGGGUGGCAAACCCGUCAUUGGCCUGGACCGGCCUAAACCCAGGACCACGACCACAACCACAACCACAACCACAACCACAACCAGACCUCCUACUACGACCACACCUGAACUAACCACGCUCCCAACCACCACUGAAAUGACCACGACCAUGCUGGUGUUCCCAUCUUGUCCUCCAGGAACGUUUUUGAUCAGGGAUGAGAAUGGAUUCCCAAUGCUGGAUGCUGAUGGUGUCCUGGACUGUUAUCCUGAAGAUGAGUUGUUGUGGCAAACCACCCUGCUCCCCACCCUGCCCCCUACCACCACCACCACCCCAGACCCCCCCACCCCUGAACCAGAGAGCAGGCCCUUCAACAACAGCCCUUCCAAUGAGUUCGACCUCACCGGGAAGAAACGUUUCACAGCUCCAUACGUGAACUUCAUCCAGAAGGAUCUGGGUGCUCCGUGCUCGCUGACGGAAGCUCUGGAAUACCUCCAGGUGGACGUCUUGGAGAACCUGUUCAAGAAAGACAGCCUGGCCUACAAUCAGAAACAGCCGCCAAAGAACAAGCCCCACAACAUCACCGUGGUCGCCAUGGAAGGCUGUCACUCAUUCGUCAUCCUUGACUGGGCCAUCCCCCUGAAGGAUGACAUGGUGUCAGGCUACAUGGUCCACAGUGCCUCAUAUGAUGACAUCCUCAACAACAGGUGGUCCUCCAGCGCUUCCAGCGGCACACACCUGGCUGUAGAGAACCUCAAACCCAACUCCAGGUACUACUUCAAAGUCCAGGCAAAGAAUGUCUUUGGGCUGGGACCGAUUAGCGAUACGCUCACCUAUGUCACUGAAUCAGACGACCCUCUUCUUAUUGAACGGCCACCUGGUGGAGAGCCUAUCUGGAUCCCCUUCUCCUUCAGAUUCAACCCCCAGCACAGUGCCUGUAAGGGCAGCCAGUACGUCAAGAGGACCUGGUACAGAAAGUUUGUGGGCGUGGUCCUGUGCAACUCGCUGAGAUACAAAAUCUUUAUGGGAGAUGGGCUGAAAGAAAUGUUCUACAGUAUAGCAGACACAUUUGGCCAUGGGGAGGACCACUGCCAGUUUGUAGACUCUUACCUAGACGGGAGGACAGGCUCCCCCAGCCUCUCAACGUAUCUGCCCACAGCACAAGGUUACUAUCGCUCAUACAGGCAGGAGCCAGUCAACUUUGGACCUAUCGGCCGGCGUACGCCACAUCCCUUUGUGGGAUGGUACGAGUGUGGGGUGCCCAUCCCUGGCAAGUGGUAACACAGGGGGUCACAAAGAGGUCAUCACCGAGGGCAUACAAACUCCAACCUGCUGCAGCCUCUGUCAUGCUCUCACUGACCCCGCCCCCUGGAGAUGAACUGUUGCUAACCACAGCAGAAAGACAACAACAUUCCAAACUUAUACUGCUUCAGAUCAAAGAGAAUAUAAUACUUUAAACAACACUAAUAUUUCCAUGUAUUCAUUACCAUGCACUUUUAUAAAAGCAGUUUGUAUAUGAGGGGGAAAAGCAUGUAUUGCUAUUGCUUAGUUUAACUUUUGUCUUCCGGAUCGGAAAGAAUCCGUGUUUAUUCCCAACUAUUCUCAAGUGGAAGUGCACCUGUGAUCAUGACAACACUAAUGAAAUGGGAGAUCCUGUAAAAGACCAAAGCAUAAACUGAACAGUACUAAUGGGAGCGAAAGGGAUUGUAUGUGUGUUUACUAUCAAUCAAGAGAUCUUGUUCAUAACAGUAGUAUGAUACAGUAAUGGCUUUUGACAACUAGUUUUGGUGUCAGUUUUCUUGAACAUGCAUAGUGUUUUUAUAGUCUUUGGUAUUUACGAGACUCCAUAAGAUCCGAAGUUACUGUGGAAGUGUUGUAUGUAUACAGACAAUGAAUAACAAUACUUAAUAUUUGCUCAGGAAUGGUUGGACAUUAAAUAAAGGUGCUAUGGAAAACAAGGAACCCCUUAACGAUUAAUUUGUUCCGUGAGAAUAUCUGAAUGUCCAUGUUUAAGGAAACUCAAACUUUACUAAGCAAAUAGAGUUUCAGUAACCUGUCUAAACCACAGUACCAGUCAAAAGUUUGGACACACCUACUCAAUUAAGGGUUUUUCUUUAUUUUGUACUAUUUUCUACAUUGUAGAAUAAUAGGGAAGACAUCAGAACUAUGAAAUAACACAUAUGGAAUCAUGUAGUAACCAAAUAAAAGUGUUAAACA